AUGCAGUUUGCACAAAGAACAGCUCUCAUUACAGGAGCAACACGAGGUAUCGGUAAAUGUAUUGCCGAGACAUUUGCCCGAGGAGGAGCCAAUACGAUACUGAUCGGUCGUGAUUCAGACCGAGUGAGAUCAGUUGAACAGUUAUUCAAAACUGACUUUGCCCAUCAGACACAUCAGGGUGUUGUGCUCGAUAUAUCAAAGAAACAAGACAUAGACACGAGGAUAAAGGAUGUAUUAAAAGGUCAACAGGUUGAUUAUUUGAUUAAUGCAGCUGGAAUUUCAAGAGAUAGCUUAUUUGUUCAAUUGAAAUAUGAGGAAUUAAUGGACGUGAUUCAUACAAAUCUGGUCGGAACCAUGUGCUUAACACAGCAUGUUGCUAAAUCGAUGAUGAGAAAGCGAAAGGGAGGAUGUAUUAUUAAUAUAGCUAGCGUUAUUGGCGUACAAGGUAAUAUUGGUCAAACUGCCUACAGUGCCUCAAAGGCAGGUCUCAUAGGCUUUACAAAAUCACUUGCAAAGGAAUUGGGGCCAUUGCAGAUUAGAGUCAAUGCAAUUGCACCAGGAUUCAUUGAGACAGAUAUGACAUCUACUAUCACAGAAGAAAAAAGAUCAAAACUACUAGCAUCCAUUCCCUUGGGAAGAUUUGGAAGCGUGCAUGAUAUAGCAUUGGCUGCUGAAUUCAUUGCAAAAUCCAAUUAUGUUCAUGGUCAGGUGCUUACGGUCGAUGGUGGUUUAAUACUUUAA